GAGAGGAGGAGAGAGAGAGAGAGAGGGCGAGGGUGAAGUAGAGAGAGGGGAGAAGGUCUGGCAACGGGUCGAUCGAAAGCGCAGCGCAGAGAAAUGCACCACCUCUGCUCUGGUCUGGCAGCUUUGCUGGCACACCACCACGUCCGUGUUCGCCAGAAAGAGAGAGAAGGGGAGAAGGAUGGAGAGAGAGGGAGAGAGAGAGGGAUAGCGAGCGACCAAUACCGACGCAGGGGGAGGACGAGCCAAGCCGACUCGCGUUGGGCUAGGUCAGGUCUACCCGAGUUCCACACACCGCUCUGCGUGUGCCAUCCAAAGAGACCCGAAGGCGGAGACCACCCUCGAAAAAGGGUUGAAACGCGAAAUUACGCGAACCGUUCUCGUAAUCGCGGUAAAACAGUGUGUUUUAUUAUUAUUUCUCGCGGGGAAUUUUCCAUCUUUUCCUACGUUCUCUCUUCUUUUUUUCUCUCCCUCUCUCUCUCUCACUCUCUCACUCUCUCUCUCACUCGCUCAUUCACUCUCUCUUUCUCUUUCUCUUUAAAUAAAAAUCCAAACGAAUCGAUCGCGUUGCAACACCGGUGGUUUGUUGUUUGGCCCGAAAACGAUCGGGGCAUCGUAGACGCGGCGUGCUCGCUCGUCAACCGCGAGAUUAUUCCGCUGUCACUGACAACAUCGAGGGUGGAAAGAUCCACCGGUCAUCCUUGGUGCGUGAUUUAUUUAUUUAUCCCCGAUAAAGUGGAAAGUGGUUGCUCAGUUUUCGACUUUUCGAUCCAGUCUUCGUCCUUCUUCUUCUUCUUCUUCUUCUUCUUCUUCUUCUUCGUCUACUUCUUCGCCGCUGGGAAAGUAACGAGAAGGGGUCGGUGGAGGGGGUGGUGCGAGAAGACAGGAAGAAGGUGAAGUGCGUUGAAGAAGAAAGAGUGAUGUUCGCGUGUGCCUUCCAAGGAUAAACAGGAGAGAGGAGUGGAAAGAGUGCUUCCCCGAGUGUUUCGUACAGUUUUUUUCCUCCUUCGAUUCGACGGAGGAAGCGGAUUUCGAAAUCGUGAAAAACGAUCGAAGAAGAAUACGCGGAGGAGGUUUCGAAUCGGACGGCGAUCGAAAAUUGCUGCGGGUGGGAUAAAGUUGUUGAUAAACAAGCAAGAAGGGUGAGAGUGUCGGUUGGUUGAUUAACUGUCGGGUGCAACGACAGCGCCGAUCCGAAUUUUCCUUUUGCUCCUGAUGUCCUGAUAAUCGAUAAGCGUGGUGGUAUAGGUGGUAGUGAGGACCGCCUAGGCCGGCAGCGAUCGGCCUUAUCGACGCCGACGAGAGAAUUUCGUCGUGUUCGCCGAGGGACAUCCUCGAAUAAAUGUUGAGGAAAGCCGACGUGUUUCAUCCCUCGACGCGAGGUCAUCCGAGGCUCCCGAGUGAGCUCCGAAGAGUCGUCGGGAUGCCGAUCUCCCUGAGAAAUCACAGGAUCACGUAAAAAAAAAAAAAAACCUGGAUCCGGUAAUCCGGUUUACCGAAGAGAAAUCAUCCCUCCCUGCCUCCCUCCCUCCCUCCUCCCUCCUCCUCCACCUCCCUCGUCGCGGGGGAUCGAGGAUCAGUGAUAAUCAGUCGAGUCAGCACAAUUUAGGAAAACGAAGGAACUCGUCGCCGAGAGCGGUGUAGACACGAUUUCGUCGAUUCGAAGCUUCGUCGAACCGAUGCACCAAAAGGCUGAAGGAUGGAGGCUAGCGAGUGGGAUCACGCGACCUUGAGAGAAGAGGAAUUCGAGCAGCAUGCGGUAUAUUUGGUACCGGAUGUGUCGGCAUCGCCUGGCGAUACCAAUCGUGCGGAGGCAUCCCUGCCAAGAAAUUUGGUCCUCAAACCUUCUCAGGCCCUCAACGAUGUACGUUCCUCCGCCAAAGAAUCCUUUCUCGAGACCUCCUCGGUUUUGGGUGUGUGGAGCACGAGUUACAUACCCAAGGGGACGCGGUUCGGUCCCCUCGUGGGCCAUGUGUACACCAAGGACUCGGUGCCGGCCGAUGCGAACCGGAAGUACUUCUGGAGGGUGUACAAAAACAACGAGCUGUUCUACUACAUCGACGGUUAUGACGUCCAGAAAUCAAAUUGGAUGCGUUACGUAAACCCGGCUUAUUCGUCCGAAUCGCAGAACCUAAUAGCAUGCCAGUACAAGAUGAACAUAUAUUUUUACACGAUCAAGCCGAUACUACCGAAUCAAGAGCUUCUGGUGUGGUAUUGCAGGGAGUUCGCGGAAAGGCUCAAUUACCCGUUGACGGGUGAACUAAUGCUUCAAAGAAUACGACAACAAGUACAACAAUCUGCGUUACCGACGGAAAUCCCAGCGACCGUGGACGUGGUGUCACCCCUGAAGGACUCGUCGAUCUACGAGAGACGGUCGCAAAUGACCCCGACGGACGGCUCGGUCAGAUCGGACGAGGGCUACCAUUCGAACGGGUACCACGACGAGAUCCUCACCCCGCCUGAGGAGAGCAGCGAGUCGGACUCGGAGAACAAUUACGUGCUCGAUUUCAGCAAGAACGCGAAAACGUCGGUGUGCAGCAGCAACGAGGUGGUGAAGCAGGACAACGCGGCCGCGAAGAACGAGUACAGGAAGGUGAAGAUCAAGAUCACCAAGACGUACGGCAACUUUCAAACGUCCAAGCCCGGCAUGGAUGGGAACGGAAAGGACAAGGAUCAGGAUCAAUUGGCCAGCAGGGCGGUGACCCCGGAACUGCAGAAACCCGUUUCGCCCAUUAUUCUUCAGAAGAGCGUGGUCCUGACCACGGUCGGGGAGGACGAGAUCCCCGAGAAAAACCCGAAACCGUUCUACGAGUCCGAGGUGAAGGGUGGCGCGUUACCGGUGGCCGCCGCCAGGCCGGCCUACCUCGCCAGCCCGAGCAGCUCCAUCCUCGAGAACAUCCUUCUUCGAACCGCCAACACCGACAACAACAACAACAACAACAACACCACCACCGCCACCACCACCAUCAACACCAAUCACAAUCAUCACAACCACGGCGGCAACAACGGCCAACAACAGCACCACAACCAGCACCAACAUCAAACGAUUCACCAUCAAACGCACGUGGACUCGGUCACGCCGCCCCCGUCCAGCCCCACCGAGAUGGCGUACUCUUACAAAAAGUCUCACCGCUACGGCAACAUUUUACCUUGCAGCCCCGACUCGAGCUCCAACCUUCCCAUGCAACCGGACACGUGCGUCAACUCGACGAGCGGGGGCAACGCCGCUAACCUGCCCAUGCAGAGCCCGACCGGCAACCUGCACUCGAGCACGGGCAACCUCCACCCGGGCCAGGCCGGGCCCAACAAUCUUCUACAAUCCCAUCCGGGGGCGGCCAAUAUCCAUUCGUCCGGCAACGCCUCGACCGGCAACAACCACCACUCGGGGGCGGGCGUGCUGUCCUCCACCACGAUACUCACGUCCACGAGUAACCUUCACCCCUCGACCGCGUCCAACCAGGCUUGCCCGUCCAAGAGGAAGACCAAGAGCCCGUCGCCGAACCCGGCCGGGGGCGCGUCCACCGCACCGACCACCAUCCUCUACUCGAGCUCGGGGGGAUGCCAAAUAGAGUCGAGCCCCGUCUAUCCUAACUCGGCGGCCAACGGCAAUCAGAGCGUAUCCCCCAUCUCCCCCAUACAAUCGCCCUCCUCUUACCCGUACGGUAUUUACCAUCAGAACGGCUCGUUGCACCACAACGUGGCCCCGUUGUCCAUCAAUUGCACCGCCUAUUCGCCGACCCCGAGCGGGAACGUGGUGUACGAGAGGGCGGACGGGAGGAGGCUGGAGGCCGCGACGAGCAGCCAUCAAUUGCCGACCUCGUCCACGAUGCAGAUAGACGGUAAUCAGACGUUGAUAGCCGGCACGCACAAUCUUCACCUGGGCCAUCAUCCGGGCCUCACCAUCCACGCCAACUCCUCGUCCACCCUCAACCGAUACUCGCCCGCGAGCUCCUUGUCCCCGGACGACCACGCCUGCUCGCAGAGCGGCUCGCUCAGCCCCAACUCGCAAGGGUCGAGGGGUUACAGGUCGCUGCCGUACCCGUUGAAGAAGAAGGACGGCAAGAUGCAUUACGAGUGCAACGUGUGCUGCAAGACGUUCGGCCAACUGUCGAAUCUCAAGGUACAUCUGAGGACUCAUUCCGGCGAGAGGCCGUUCAAGUGUAACGUUUGCACCAAGAGUUUCACGCAGCUUGCCCACCUGCAGAAGCAUCACCUCGUCCAUACAGGCGAGAAACCGCACCAAUGCGAGAUCUGCAAGAAGAGGUUCAGCUCGACCUCCAACCUCAAGACUCAUCUGAGACUGCAUUCCGGCCAAAAGCCCUACGCCUGCGACCUGUGCCCCGCGAAAUUCACCCAGUUCGUUCACCUCAAGUUGCACAAGAGGUUGCACACCAACGAAAGGCCUUACACCUGCCAAGGCUGCGACAAGAAGUACAUCAGCGCGAGCGGUCUUAGGACCCAUUGGAAGACGACCAGUUGCAGGCCGAACAAUAUCGAGGAUGAGCUCGCCCUUGCCGCGGCCGUUGGCUCGCCGACGUAUUACGAGUACGGUCCGGACAUGAACGUCGGAAACAUGCCGAAGGAAUGCGAGUUGGAGCACAUCGACAAUUACGAGAGGCACGGAUCCGCUCACGGCCCGCACUCCACGUCUCUCCACAACUUGGAGAAUUCCGUGGGGCGGCCAAGCGUCAUAGAGACCUCCCAGCCUCACAUAAUCGAGUGCACCUAAAAACGGGGGUAUGAGCCCUUUCGCUCAAACGCAAAAUCCAGCCGUGGAAUAGUAAACGAGUUGCUCACGACAAACGAAAACGAUGUUACCCUCGUGAGAUGGCAGUGAGAGCCAUUGCUCACGAUUCCACGAUUCCCUUCGAAACAUGGAGGAAAAAUGUUUCUCGAAAAAUCUGCUUUUCCUUCGUUUCGCGUGAGAGAAGCAGCGUGUAAGAAGAAAACAGUGUGAACAGAGAUAAGGUGACCGUCGUCGAUGAUCGUCGUGAUGAUCGAAAAUGUGAGUGAGAUAUUUUACGUGUGCGACAAAUGAAUUCGAAAUUGUUGAAAGAGAAAAGAAGAAAAAGAAGAAGAAGAAGAAGAAGAAAAACUGUUGUUGCUUGGUUAUUGUUAACGCGAAGGAAUUCAAAGCUUUUAGUAGACGACACUUCUUGAAAGCUGGUUAUACUUUUUACGUACGUGAAACGUAACGCGAAACGUAGUUCGAUUUCUCUGACGAGGGUGGAAGAAUCGACGAGAUUCCAGCUACGAGCAUACAAAGUUCCUUCCUUGUAAAUACUCGUUUCUAUAUUUUUUCUAUGGUAGCGCCACCAACGAAAACGCGAAUCUAGAAAGAAAGAAAGAAAGAAAGAGAGAAAGAAAAAAGAAAGGAGAGAAAGAAGAAACAAACGUGAAACAAAAGUGGGACGAAAUGAACGAUAAUAGGAUUAAUUAUGUCUCGAGUCGUCACACGCUGCCAUUUCCGGAUAGAAUCGAGAGAAAGCGAGUACCAAAGUCGUUCGAGCUUCUCGAUUAUCCUUCCACGGUCUAUCCUAAAUACGAUGCUUAGAAAAGGUACCGUACUAACGCGGUACGAUCGUUUUUUCUAUUCUAUAUACAUACAUACAUAUAUAUAUAUAUACAAACCGCUAAAAAAAAAAGAAAAGGGAGAGAGAGAGAGAGAAAAAGAAGAAACACUUCCACAAAUACUUCCAACGUUCGGCUGAUAAAACAGAAGACGGACAAACUCUCCAACGAGCAGUUUCUAACUCUCUGUCGCGCCACGCGUUCUCAACACGCCACGAUGCGCAGUUUGUACCUUUUUUAUUAUAAUUCGAACCCUUCGUCGUUUGAACGCUUAGGACGUUGAAACGAAUAUUUCGACCACAUUUCCUGCAGAACGUAUAUAUACAAACUGAACGUGUGUAUAUAUAUUUCAUAUAUAUAUAUAUAAUUAUAUAUACAUUAUAUAUAUAUAUAUAUAUUUUUCCCUUCUUCCUCGCGGUAUCACGGUACCAUUUUCUACGCGUUCGAGCUUAGGCGGUUUCAAAGUGAGAAAAAUGAAUGGCGGAUUUUGUCGGCAUCCGCCAUGGCGCAUUCGCGGCAAACGCAACGCGCGAGGGAAAAAACAAUAGCGAGAGUAAAAAAACGCGUUAAAAAACGAACAACCAGUGACGACACGACUGCAACUAUACGAGACCUGUACCUGUAUAUACUAACAUUACUAUUAAUUAAUCCGAUUUAAUUUAAAAAGAAAAAAAGGUAAUAAUAAUAUAAUAUAAGGAGCUCUAAUUUAUGAAUACCUUUGUAUAUGUAUAUGUAUAAAAUCGUCGUCGGUUGGCGAAACAAGCACGGUAGGCUGCGCUCUGCGAUAAUCUUUUUUUCAAAUAGGGAGGAAAAAAUCAUUUCGAAGAAAAAUUAGGUAAUUUAUUUACGCGCGUACACGUAACUGUAGUUGAAAAAAAAAAAAGAAAAAACGUUUAAGAGGAAAACAAAAAAAGGAAAAAAAAAAAGAACAAACACGGGGGAAAGAAAAGCUUUCGGUGAUCGAGUAUCUAUAUCUAUAUUUAUACACGUUCAUAUAAAUAUAAACAUAUACAUAUAUAUAUAUAUAUAAAAAUAUAUAUAUAUACAUAUAUAUAUAUAUUUUUUAGGCGUCCUUUUUGUCGUGGAAUUUUCGAAAAACGGAAAGCAUAGUCUCUUGGUCCACGCGAAUAUUUUUUUUUUCUUUUUUCUCCUUUCUUCCCCCCAUCCUCGCCCCCUUUUUCUUCCCCCAUUCCCCCCUCGAAUUUUCCCCCUUUUCGCAACGCUGUUAUACCUCUUCUCGUUCCCAGAUCGAUCCAUUUUCAAAACUAUCAUCGUAACAUCGACACACACACAUACGCAUACACAUACACACACGCGCGUUUCUUUCGCAUCGUCAAUAGAGAUAAGUAUAUAUAUAUAAAAAAAAAAGAAAAACGUCAAUAAAAUAUUGGUGCGAUAACACACAAGAUAAUCGGGAGGAUCGUCGAUUUUUUAAUCAUCAUCGGUUCGAUUUCGUUCGACGAAGAGAGAGAGAGAGAGAGAGAGAGAGGGGGGGGGGGAGAGAGAGAGAGAGAGAGAGAGAAAGUCUUAUCAUUCCCCGUUUUAUCGCGAUCGCGCACAAAGUUUACUCAUCGUUUACUCAUCGUGACGUGGAGCGCGAUUAAGAAAGUUGAUUAAUUUCGUGAGAGAGAGAGAGAGAGAGAGAGAGAGAGAGAGAGAAGAGAGAGGAAUUAUUGGCGGAGAUAAGCGCGGUGGAAAACGCAGUAUUCAGAAUAGGAGGCAUUAAAAUCGUUUAAGUAUCGGCAGGAAGGCGGUCGAUAGAAAUCUCGCGGUGUACAAAAUAUAUAAUAAUUCGGUGGGGGGUCGAAGACUCGGGCGUGAUUUUCAUCGGGGGAACAAGUCGAAAGCGCACAUUAACACACGGGAACGUUAUUGGAAGUUGGUGAAAUUUAGGCAAGGAAUAAAAAUGAUAAAAUGACCCGAGGGAAGGGAAAAUCUAGUCAAAAAAAAAAAAA